AAACUGCUCCAGAUUCUCCCUGGAAUGUUACUUUUUUGUUUUUAUUUGUUCUGCAUAAACAGUUAUUUUUUCUAUUAUCUUGUAAGGGUUCAACGAGAUAUGUUUCUUGGAAUGAAUUCGUACAUCACAUGUUAGCUACUGGCGAAGUUAAAGAACUCAUUAUACGCCCGGAUAUGGAGAUGGUAACGAUUAUUUUACAUGAUGGUGCCAUAAUUAAAGGAAAAAAGGUUACGUCUACAAUUUUCCACAUGGCUAUAGCUGAUGCAUCUAAAUUUGAAGAAAAAUUGCGGGAAAUCGAAUUAAGGCUUGGUAUUACUGAAGGUGUUGCUGUUACUUACGAUAGACAUAGUGAUAUUACUGGACGUAUAAUGGUGUUAAUUUUGUUCUUCGCAUUGCUUAUGUCGAUCGCGUCAAGAAUGAAGGGUGUCCGAAGUCCUAUAAGCAUGGAUUCUUUUUCUCAAAUGGGUAGAGCGAAAUUUACUCUAGUCGAUCCUUUUGAAGGAGGAAGAGGAGUACUUUUUAAAGAUGUUGCAGGCCUACAGGAGGCUAAACAAGAAGUAAAAGAAUUUGUUGACUACUUGAAAGCACCACAAAAGUAUCAAAGAUUAGGAGCAAAAGUGCCAAAAGGGGCUUUGCUACUAGGACCACCUGGUUGUGGAAAAACAUUGUUGGCGAAAGCCGUCGCGACUGAAGCCCAAGUGCCUUUCCUAAGUAUGAACGGAUCGGAGUUUAUUGAAAUGAUUGGCGGUCUCGGAGCAGCAAGGGUACGAGAUCUUUUUCAAGAAGGCAAGAAACGAGCUCCAUGCAUAAUAUAUAUUGAUGAAAUCGACGCAAUCGGACGGCAGCGAUCUGGAACUGAAAGCAUGGGCCAAGGUAGUUCUGGCGAAUUAGAACAAACAUUAAAUCAACUUCUCGUGGAAAUGGAUGGUAUGGCAUCCAAAGAAGGAGUACUUAUGCUUGCAAGUACCAAUCGUGCUGACAUAUUAGACAAGGCAUUACUUCGACCUGGUAGGUUUGAUCGCCAUAUACUGAUUGACUUACCCACUCUACAAGAACGUAAAGAGAUUUUUGAAAAACAUUUAUCUGAUAUAAAAUUGGAUUCUAAGCCGGCGCAGUUUUCAGGAAAACAUGCCAGAUUGACACCAGGAUUUUCAGGCGCUGAUAUUGCUAAUGUAUGUAACGAAGCUGCUUUACAUGCUGCCAGACAGUGUCAAACCAAGGUAUCGGCAUCAAAUUUGGAGUAUGCCGUUGAACGACUUGUAGGUGGAACCGAAAAACGAUCACAUGCACUUUCACUGGUGGAAAGAAGAGUUGUUGCUUAUCAUGAAUCCGGGCAUGCUCUUGUUGGUUGGCUUCUCCCCAAUUCUGAUAUAUUACUAAAAGUGACAAUUGUGCCCAGAACAAGUCUUGCCUUGGGAUUUGCACAAUAUACACCAAGCGAACAGAAGCUGCAUAGCAAGGAAGAGCUUUUUGAUAAAAUGUGCGUAGCGCUUGGCGGCAGGGCUGCUGAAAAUAUAAUCUUCAAUAAAAUUACUACUGGAGCACAAAAUGAUUUAGAGAAAGUUACGAAAAUCGCAUAUGCUCAGAUAAAAAAAUUUGGAAUGAAUACAAAUCUAGGACCAAUAUAUAUAACAGACGCAGAGGAAAGCGGAAGUUACAAUCACCCAUUUUCGGAAAACCUGCACAGGAUUAUUGACAAAGAAGCUCAAAAUCUAGUAAGCAGUGCAUACCAGAAAACAGAGGAACUAUUAAAAAAAAAUUUGGAUAAAUUAGAAAAAAUUGCUGAAGCGCUGCUGGAGAAGAAAACUUUGUCUUAUGAUGAAGUAGUUACUCUGAUCGGACCACCAGCUUACGACGUUGCAAACAGAGCGUUAGAACCUGUUGAGUUCGAAAAGUCUUUAAAAAAUCUAGGAGAAAAAGACGAAUAAUUUGAGUGAAUUACUUAGUGUUGACGUUUUUAAAGUUUUGUGAAUAAAAGUUUUCAAAAAAUAA